UAGUUUUUUUCUGUGGAGCUCAAACAAUUUUCAAUCCAAAAAUGGCGACGACAUCGGACCCAGUAGAAUCGAUGAAGCCCUACAAGCUAAAUCAAACCCUAAUUGGCCAUCGUCGGGCCAUUUCCGGUGUCAAAUUCUCCGAAGACGGUCGUCUACUUGCUACCUCCUCCGCUGACAAAACCGCCCGGAUCUGGUCCUCAUCCGAUGGAAAGACCCUCCAGGAGUUCAAAGGUCACGACCAAGGAAUAUCAGACUUGGCAUUUUCGUCCGACACUCGAUUCCUCGCUACCGCCUCCGACGACAAGACCGUUCGUGUCUGGGACGUUUCCUCUGGCUCACUCGUCAAAACCCUAACCGGACACACCAACUACGUGUUUUGCGUCACUUACAAUCCUCAGUCAAACAUAGUUGUGUCAGGUUCUUUCGAUGAGACUGUUAGGGUUUGGGAUAUGAAGUCGGGUAAGUGUUUGAAAGUUCUUCCUGCUCAUUCUGACCCUGUUACGGCUGUGAGUUUUAACAAGGAAGGAACCUUGAUAGUAUCAAGUAGUUAUGAUGGGUUGUGUCGGAUUUGGGAUGCUUCUACUGGACAUUGUAUGAAGACUCUUAUUGAUGAUGAUAAUCCUCCAGUCAGCUUUGUCAAGUUCUCUCCCAAUGGCAAGUUCAUUCUUGUUGGAACUUUGGACAACACGUUGAGACUAUGGAAUUUUGAAACAGGCAAAUUUCUAAAAACAUACACAGGUCAUGAGAAUUCAAGGUACUGCAUCUCGUCAACAUUCUCGAUUACAAAUGGGAAAUAUAUAGUUAGCGGUUCAGAAGACAACUGCGUUUACUUAUGGGAACUGCAGACUAGAAAAAUCGUUCAAAAACUAGAAGGGCACACAGACAAUGUAAUAUCUGUUUCAUGUCACCCGACUAAGAACAUGAUUGCCUCUGGUUCACUUGACAAAGACAAGACAGUUAAAAUCUGGACCCAAGAUGAAGAUGAUGAUGAGUAGUAGGAUAAAGUAUAUAUAAACCAGCUUUUGAGAUGAGAGAUUAGGAAUAAAAGAGCUGAAAUCCUUGUUUAGGCCUUUAGAUUGGUUUUUAUUAGAUCAUGCAAUUGGGUGAAGAUUAUAAUGUGUUACACACUCCCCUUCAGGCAUGUAGGAUUCCAUGUCUUAGAUUUUGUUUGAAAAUGUAACUUUUUCUGCUUGGAUCUUGGAGAAAUUUGUUGUAAUGGAAGAUUUCGGCUAGGUUAAAAGUU